AUGGCUGAUGAAGAGCUGAGCUCCCGAGCCACCAAGAAGGGAAGUUUGUCCCCCAGCAGCUCCCGGGGCAGCGUGGCUGAGUCGAACACACUGCUGCAGGAGCUCAGGAGCACCAUCUCCAAAUCCGUGCAGAGCAAGGUGGACUCCAUCCUGCAAGAUGUCCAGAAGUUCUCAGACAAUGACAAACUCUACCUCUACCUCCAGCUGCCAUCAGGACCGAGCCUGGGGGAGAAGAGCAGCAGCCUAGACCUGGGCUCACUGAGCACAGCUGAGUACAUGCAUGCCUGCAACUGGAUCCGGAACCACCUGGAGGAGCACACAGACACCUGCCUGCCCAAGCAGGACGUCUACGACGCCUACAAGCGAUACUGUGACAACCUCUGCUGCCGCCCGCUGAGCGCUGCCAACUUCGGCAAGAUCAUCAGAGAGAUCUUCCCAAACAUCAAAGCUCGGCGCCUGGGGGGCCGAGGGCAGUCCAAAUACUGCUACAGCGGGAUCCGGAGGAAGACGGUGGUCAGCCUGCCACCCCUGCCCAGCCUGGACCUCAAAGUGACUGAGACUCAGCAGUCGGAGCUGGCGGAGCUGGUGCAGUCCUACAGCAGCGAGGUGAUGGAGGCAGCCUGCGCCCUGACCUGCCACUGGGCCGAGAAGAUCCUCAAGCGCUCCUUCAACAACAUCGUGGAGGUGGCUCAGUUCCUCAUCCAGCAGCACAUCAUCAGCUCCCGCUCGGCCCACGCCGACCUGGUCAUGGCCAUGGUGGUCUCAGAGAGCACUGAGAAGAUCCAUCGUGAGAGUCGGGCUCCAGCAGCAGUGAAGAAGAACGGCCUGGACGCCCCUGAGAGCGGUGACAGGAGCCAGGGCCAGACCAAGAAGGAGAGCAGCCCCAAGCCCUCCGUCCCACCUCGUCCAGAGAAGAAGAAGCCCCCGGAGCCCCCCAAGGCUGCCAGCAGCCCCCAGGUGAACGCCCUGGUCGCCCGCCUGCCCCUGCUCCUGCCCCGCAUCCCGCCAGUGGAGCGACCCACGGUACCCGGUGCCACCACCAUCCGCUCCUCCCCUCCUGUCCUGGCACCCAAAAUCACAGCUACCCCUCUGGGGGGCACGGUCAAGGUGGCCCUGCCGCUGCCGGCAGCCGUGCCAGUCCUCAACGUGCUGCUGCCCGGCGUUGGCGUCCCUGGCACGGCCGAGAGCCCUGCCAACCCCCGGAGCGCAGGGGGCAGCGGUGAGGGUCCCAGUCCCCAGGACUUGCAGCGCCCCAAGGCCACCAAGCGUCCCCCGGAGCCGGCCGGGGACAGCCUGCAGAAGCGCAGACGCGGGCGGCCGCGGAAGAGGCUGGAGGAAGGGGGCACAGCCUCCCCUCCGGAGCUUUGCCGUGGGGCAGGUGCCAGUGGCAGUGGCUCUCCCGAUGGUGGCAGUGCCACCAAGCCCCUUGGGGACAGUCCAGCUGGGAAGUGCCUGCCCACCCAUGUCAGCGUCAUCCAGGAUGGCAGGAUCAGUGCCAAGGCCAGCCGGGAGCUGGCACUGGAGAAGCUGUCAGCGGCACAGAGGAGCCCAGGCGAGGCCAGGUCCACCCUGGGUGACACUGCAGGUGCCCCCCGGGACGGAGGGGACCCCUCCACUGCCCACCAUGAUGGACAGACACAGGCAGGAACCUGUCCUGCCCCUGCCACCUCCCAGCCCUCAGACACCUCUCCCUGUGCCCCCACGUCCCAGGGGGCUCCGCCAGGGCAGGUGGGGCUCUGUGCCCACCCUGGCACUUAG